GAGUGUGUGUUGCAGUAAACUGAAUGAGCUGAAGACAGUUCUUAUGUCUGGUGGCCCAUGACCAAAUGCUUUGAAAUCACUUGCCAGAAGGGAGUAUGGAGUUAUAGUUGGGGUGUGUGGUGUCUGAGAUUAUGUUUCAAAAUUUCAUUAGACAUCUCUUAGAAGUGUCUUUGAUAGGUCUUAGAGCUUUCCUGGUGAUGGCAUGUUCUGCUUUCACUGCCCUCUUGUCUUGUCAAGACAGAAUUCUGCAUUCGAUUUAAUUUGGACUUGCCAUGUUCCAUCUGACUUCUACAAGCUCACUGUGAAGAACAAACCACUGCUGAUAGCUGCAAGGUCAAACAUUAAGUAGAGCUGGAAGAAAUAUUAGGGGUGAGUCGAUUGGAAUUUUGACCUUAAAUGUGUGUUGGGGCAUUGGGGUGUCCGCUUUUGGGAAGCUGAGAAGGUGGCAACCAGCUACAGUCAGUAAAUGUGGCAGUGUACCUGAUAAAGUGUAAUUGAUGUAGAUAUAAUGUAGCUCUACUUAAUGACGUGUGGAGGGGAGGAUGAAAUGCGCAAAAACGUUAGCACCGCCCACUGUGAUGUGGUUGGCUGGCGCGUUGGUAAUUUAAAAAAAACGGAGCAGGUGAGAAUCAGCUGCAUGCACAAAGCAGCAGUCGUGUGAGGACAGUAACGGGUGGAGCAAAGAUUUAAGCCUUAACAGCCUGGUUACGACCAACAUUCUGCGCAAAUCAUUAUGGAUGAGCGUCGCUAUCCUCUGCACGUCCGAAUAGUCGGCAUAAUGUGCAAAGGCAACAGCAAGUUGUACAUGGCAUCUGUGCUGUGGUCGGAUCAGACCGACGUGACUGUAUACAGGUCUCUCCAAGACUUCAAGCAACUUCACAGGCAACUAAAGAAGAAAUUUCCAGUGCAAAGUCCAUUUCGCCAUCAGGACAGACUGCUGCCCAGAUUUGGAGGUUUAAUGAUGAAGCUGAACUUCCAGAUGAAGACUCCGGCUCGGUGUGUGUAUCGAGUGAAUGCUCUGGAGCGCUACUGCACUGAGCUGCUGCGCUCUGAACCAACAGUCUCUCAGUCCUCCGAACUCAUUCAUUUCUUUAUUCCUAAGGAAGAAGAGCUGCAUCCUGAGUUUGCACACAACAGCAUAAUGAUUUUUCAACUAGAAGAUGAUCAGCCAAAAGUCAACCUGAGCAAUAAGCGCCUCAGUGUUGGGAAUGUGUCCCAGCCAUUUGUCACCAAACUGUAUCGGUGUUUAGCGCCAUAUGAGACCAAGGACAUCAAGAACAGACCAUUUAGCGUGACUGUGGACGAAAUUCUGGAAGUACUCAUUAAAGAUCAAGCUGGAUGGUGGCUGGUAGAAAAUGAAAAGAAGUGUUUAGCCUGGUUUCCAGCUCCCUACUUGGAGUUGUGUGAGGAUGAAGAAGAGGGAGAAGCUGAGCUUGGCAGUGCAGGUGGCCAAACAGCUCUCUACUGUGCUGUAAGGAACUACACCUCUACUAUGACGGAUGAGCUAUCGGUGAACAUCGGAGCUGUGGUGGAGGUUAUUCAGAAGUCUAACAAUGGCUGGUGGCUUGCUAGAUAUCGUGGAAAGGCAGGCUAUGUGCCCUCUAUAUACCUGCAGCCAUACUCCAACCCUAUGAUUAGCAUGCAGAAAAAGUUGCACAGCUCCAACCUAAAUCUGUCCACUCAAUCAACUGUGCUGUCUCACCCCACCCACAAGUCCCACUUCCACAAGUCCCACUCUAUGGAGGUGUUCUCUGAGUCUCUGGGCCUCAGCGCUCCAGACCAAGACAAUGAAUACAACAGCCGCAAGAGCAGCUUCAGUGAUGACAAUGACUUCUGCUCCAGCUCCUCUGGUUCUCUGGGCCUGAGUCUGUAUGGCUCUGUGGGGGAAGAGAACCUGACACUGUCAGAGAAAGAUGUAGACUCGGACAGUCCUGACAGUGGUUUGUGUAUGGAGCUUCAAAGCCCUACCAAUUCAGAAACCAGCAGCCCUUUCAAACUGUACCCACAGGUGCCCCCUCGUCCACAAACCCAAGAGAUCCUCAACCGCUGUACCACCUACACCCGGAAAGCAGCCCUGGAAACCCAAGCUCGUCUGUUUUUAUAGAACUGAGAUUCAGGCCCAGUAAAAGACCAGUCAAAAUUAUUUAAAGAGAUGUUUUGUAAUCCUGGACUGCUCUCAUGGUGAUGCAUGAUGCUAUUAUGUCUGGUACAGUGACUAUAGUUGAAUACCUUCAUGUCUGAACCAAUUUUUAAAACUAUGAAUAUGAGCAAUCAACCAAUUAUUGUGCAUAUAUUUUCCUUCCCUUAUCUGAUUACAUGCUACUCCAAUUAUCCUGUUGAACAGAACGGCAGCGUAAAUACUAACGUACGCAGUGAACAUUAAUGCAUCAUUCACUUACUUCCACUGGUAAAACUAGUUCUAUUCUAAAGAUAGGUUCAAUAAUAAUAUGUUUGCCUUUCCUUUUCACAGUCACUUGUCAUGUUUUAUAAUAGACCUGUCAAGGUGUCAGAGAAAGCAGGCCGGUAACUAUUAUAUAAAAUAUUUUAGAUUGUUUCCCCAUAAGCUGUACUAUGUCUUUCAACAUUGUCUGUCUGUAUUCCAGAUGUUAAAUCACAGUACAUUGUCUGUCUGUAUUCCAGAUGUUAAAUCACAGUACAUUGGCUUCGAAUAAAAUUAUAAAACAUGAAACUACUUCACUCAGUCAUUCAGGUUUUUGAUGGUAGAGUGGCAGGAUACUCCAUAGAGUUCCAGAGUAGACUUAUGCUUGUGUAAUACUGUGUAUGCUGUAAUUGUUUACAAUCCCACUAUUCGAUAUCACCCAGAAUUUAAUGGAAUUUCCUUUUGCUUAUGGUUCCUGUCAAUUUCUUUCUCAUGUUUAUUUCCUUGACUCAUUCAACUCAGGCUUGCUCAUUAGAGAUCUAAAUCUAUAUCUGGGGAAUUCCUACUGUUGAAAGUGUUAUACACAUGAAUUAAAUUUAACGUAUUAAAGCUUGUAAAAGUUUCUCAGUGUUUCUGGAUACCCUCAUAUGCUAAUUUUGGUUAUCAGUAAAUCAGUCUUUCUGCAUGAAUACAUGACUGCACCAUCAACUUAAAAAAUGUCAGUAUCCUUUACAAGAAAAGUUUGAAAAAGACAUGAGUUCCUGAAAUACUAGAUUAUCUUUUUGUACUCAAACAUCUGUGCAAGGAAAUUGUUCUGGUUUUCCCUGUUGUGUUUCGAGAAUGACAUCUAUUUAAAGUUUUGUAUGUCUAUAUUCUAUACACAGGUCAUUGUCUAUGUCUACAACCUAUACAAAUAAUAUUGAACUGAAUUAAAUUGAAUUCAUUUGGUAGUUUUAAGCAAUAAAAUGCAGAUUUCAUUUUUCUGUUUUCACACAUUAAGUCAUUAUAAACUGUU